CAGUGCUGUUGUGUUUACUGGAGAUGGAGAGCUUGUUGAGCUCAUUAACUUCAUCACUAUAAAAUAACGUUGUAAUCCAACGUCUAGGGCUAUUUAUUAUAAGCUCCACCAUGAGUGGAGGCUGUAGACAUCUUCCUUACUUAGCACUGUAUAUUGUUUCAGCSAGUUUAUUGAGUUCUCGCGGAGCUACACAUUGGAAGUUGAACGAAAAUGAUGGCGUUGUGAGGAUCUUGGACAACAGUAAAAGUCCUGAUGUUCUCAAAUCUGAUCCUAUUUUAGCCAUUCUAACCAAAGGAUUCCCUACUAAAGAGGUAGCUUUGAGAAAACACAAUUGUGAACAAUGUAUAGAUGGUGGAUCGGUGACCGGAAGUUCUGGUGUGCUAUCCCAAGGGCCAACRGCAAUCGAAAUGUUCCCAUCUCCAUCACUUACCUGUGGAUUACCRGUUAACGAAACAAUAUAUGACCACUUGGAGGGCAUACGGACACGACAUAAACAUCCUGCCUAUGCAGAACCUGARGUGGCAAUGAUAUUUAAAAAGACAGAAUUAGAAGACAUCGAUCUUAAUGCUAUUGAAGUCACACUGAAAAGAAAUUACGAAGAGAGCCCAAACUCAGUAGUUGUAUGCAACCAAAUUGGCAAUUUUUGGAGAAUCCGUGGAAACUCUUAUCAAUCRAUAGAAUGCUUCAGAAAAGCCCUUUCGCUCUCACCUAACAAUGCUGACGUCUUACUAAACCUUGCCAGAGUUUUAUUCAAUCUGAACUUUCAUCAMGAUGCAGUCUUCUUAACUCGACGCUCCUUAGAUUCACAACCCUCAGAACAAAACUGCUGGCUUCAGCACUUYACUUUGGGAGAAAUUCUUAAAGCAACCGGAGAGUAUGAAGAGGCAGGAACUCACUUCCGACAAGCACUUGAAUUGAAUCCAUCGUUCCAUCCAGCUGAAAUUCACUUGAGAGACAUUGGUCUUCCCCCAACAUCAGCAACCAACACGUACACCUUCCUGGUGAUUGGGUUAUUAUUGGUUAUCGUCUUAGCAGUGGUCUAUUUCAUGACGCUGGCCAGUGAUAACAAAGGAAAUAAAGCAUCCAAAAAUUCAGUUUGGAAUGAUUUCAAAAAACCUGGUAAAAAGAAGAUCAUUACAUGAUGUUUGAGGAUGCGUGGUUAUGCAAUAUUUAGGGCUUCCGUUAUCCACUAAGUUCAWUGAAUAUUUGUGUUAAAUUUGUUUUUUCCAAGRUGCUGUUAGACUUUCCUGGAGAAAUUUACUGAAAUGGCUAURAAUAUUGCAUUCAACUCAAGAUUACUUUAAACCAUGGCUUGAAAACCUUAGGCCUAGGGGAAACGUAAAACUUUCCAUGCACCGAACUCAUUAAAAACAAUGGAUAUUAGGUGAGGCGGCAUUCUUUGAUGUAAUUAAGUUCGGUGCAUGGAAAGUUCAACGUUUGCCCUAGGCCUUAGUUUAAAGUAAUUUUAACAAGUUUUAACAAGAUUAAUAUUGUUUUGGGAUUUUCUGUUGUAUUAAGAAUUUUUCUCUCGUUUUCCUUCAAUAUAAACGUAAUCUAUUUUGGACAUGAAAAAAAAUCCUACACUUCAUUCACCUAAAAAGUUUCAAMUUUCACAGCUAGUUUAGAGCAUGAUGUGCAAAAAUAUUACCACAUUUACUACCAUUAUUGAUGAAGUGCAACCAACAAAGUUUGAUGUCUUGUUUGCGGACUAACAUUUCAACGACUGUCAAUCAUAGAACUGAAAUAAAAAAUCAAUAUCUUGAAGAAAAUUUAUGAAAAAGUUUUAGGUCAUCCCAAAAUUUCCAUCAAAAAAUAUUGGUGUUUUUUUAGUUCUUUGAUUGAUGGUCAUUGCAAUGCUGGUCGGCGAAGGACACAUAAAACUUUGAGGGUCACACUUCAGUGAUAAUUGUAGUCAUUCGCAUACUUCUGUGCAAUGCCUUUUUGCUGCCAAACGAUCAAGUGAGCUUCACAUGAAAUAAUUAUGUCAGUUCAAGAUACUAUAUCUUGUGCAUGGAAGUAUGCCAGGACGUUAUUGCUUGUCAUUCUUUUGCACAUUGGCUGUAACAAUUGGCAGUCUGAAUUUUUUGGGGGAAAUUUUUGUUUUCAAAACCAAACCACUGUUUUCAACUUGAAAAAAGAAGGAAAAUCUCAUAUUGUUAGUAAGGUGRAAGGGGGUUAAUAUUUUGAGUAGCCAUGUGUUGAGAUGUAAAUCUUUGGGGCUUUUUAAUGGCAUCUUGGAAGAAACUUACUUUUUACACUUCAUUUUUGUMAUUUUUAUUUAUUCUGUUGGCAAGUUUUCAUAAAGGCGCUGAAAUACAAGACAAAAAAACGUCCAACUUGUCGUGCAACAUUGUUGCGGUGCAAGUUCGAAAACAAUGUUGCUCGUUUUACAUCCUAUCUAUCCAACUUGUCAGGCAACAAAAACUAAUGCUGCAAGUUGGGGCUGUCACGGUGAUAUUCUGCAUGCUGAUUGACUACGAGCUACAUAAUUCAAGAUGGUGGCCGCUUCUGCACAUAAAAUGUGGCAUGACAAGUUGGACGAGUAAUGAAAAAGGAACAACAAAUUGCAAAUUUGUUGCAGAAAGUUGAUCUACGUUCUCAUUUUGCAACAAGUUUUCCCCAUUUGCAACAAGUUUUCCCCAUUUGCAACAAAAGAUUUGUCGUGACAAGUUGGAUAGAUAGGGUGUAAAACCAGCAACAUUGUUUUCGGACUUGCACCACCAGAUGCGCGACAAGUUGGACGUUUUUGUGUCUCAUAUUUCAGAGCUUUAACACAUUAUGGAACUUAUGGUUUACGRUUAUGAAGUUUUGGUUAGCCAAGUUUUUGUAAUUUUUUUCUGAAGCUGCAAAUAUUGUCAACUUAAAAAGACAUUCCAGGGAGUAAAACUCCUGAAUUCACAGAUAUUUAUAAAAGAAACUAAAAAAAAUAGCAAACUAAAGGUUUUACUAUUGAAAUUAUCACAAAAUAUAGAAAAAAAAGUAAAAACAAUGUUGCUGCAUGUAUUGAACUUGAUAAAAGAAAUCAUUUGCACAGUAUAAUGGUCUUGGAGCUGAGAGGGUUGAGCCUUCGAAGAUAACUUUGAUAUUAUGAGAUCAGACAAGCGUUUUUAAUAAAUUGAAGCUUUCACACACAGAAAA